UUUAAUGUCACGGAUGAGAUCAGAAAAUGGCCACCGUGGAUGCCAAGUAGUGGGAUCAGGUAUGUCAUGAGAGCGGUGACUAGAGUAAACCUAUUUCGAGACCUCUUUCUAUCAUCGAGGUUUUUGCUUCUCCUCAUCUCUAAUUCUCUCUCGAGUUCUCAUCAGACACUGGCCUCGCGAUGGAAGAGUACUGGUGGGCGUAUGCUCUUCUCGUUGUGUUUCUCUCGUGGUGUAGGAGCUGGUUGAUAUGGCACAUUUGGCGGUUUCUCUGAUGGUUUACUUGAUGUCGAAGCCAUUGGCACAGGGUUGUCUUUCCGGUUGUCUUGCCCUUCUUGGCCAUGAUGAGUUGGUAGCAGAGCGAGGUUACUUCAUCGCGAAGCUUGAAUCUAGUCACCGGCCUAUACUACGUGGCAAAAUUAGUCACCGCCUCGCACCUUCCCUGGCCUACAGAUCAUCUCAGCUGUUUCUCGUCGCACCUUCGACUACCUGGUCAUCAACCGACAGCAUGAAGAUACAGAAAGCCACCUCCACCGGUUCCAGACAUCAUUCUCGGAUCCGCGAGUGCCAACAUCAAGAAUGCACCGACUCUACCAAUCAAGAAAGAAGCUCCCCGUAAACCUCUUCCUACCUCUCAUAACUCGGUCUUUGCACUUACUCGAGCCGGACUUGCCAUCGACUCCGCAACUACCAUCCAUGAAGUCUACAAUACGAUACCUCAUC